CUCUUUGCUUUUUCUGUUAGAAUUAUACAAUCUUUGUGUCUGUACACAUGCGUCCCUACGCGUGUGUGACGGAGAGAGGAAAAUGCUUGAUGUCGAUGAAGCUUAGGCCAAUGGUGGCGAGAGAGACUUCAGACGCGGCUUUGCCCUGGCCAUUUGGGGAAGAUAGAGCGUUUGCGGCGGUUGAGUAUGGCGGUGGAGGUGGUUGCAUGUGGCCGCCUAGGUCUUACUCGUGCAGCUUUUGCGGGAGAGAGUUCAAGUCAGCGCAAGCACUAGGUGGUCAUAUGAACGUUCAUCGAAGAGACCGAGCUCGUCUUAAACAACAACCUUUAUCAUCUUCAUCAACUGACCAAGCCAUGCCUAUCGAUUACGAUCAUCAACAGCUACAAAAGCGACAAGAAGUUCUUGACGUGGGAUCAAAGUUUCUUGCCCAAGAAGAUUUAAGAAAGGCCAAUGGAACUAAGAGGGAUAUAAGUGAUGUUGAUGAUAGUAACGUUUUAAAAAGUUCUAUGAAAAGAUUAGAGCAUUACAAUGAUGAAGUCAGGACUGAUCUAUCUGUAGGUCUAGUGAGUUCUGAGUUCGAUUCUCGGAAGAAGCAACCAAUCAAUGGAUCUUCGUCGUCCAAGAAGGCAAAGACUGAUGUUUCAAGAUUGCCACUGAUGUUAGGAUUGGUCAAUGGAGUAUCCAAGAUCAACGGUCAUCACGAGGAGCUGGAUCUUGAGCUACGGCUAGGAGGUUAUCCGUCAAAAGUCAACUAGCCUAAGUAGUUAUAAUAAUGACAAUAAUAGUUAGUGUGAUUGCCAAAAAAAAAAGAAGCUUAAUUGUCUGUAAUUUCAAGAGGGGAAAUAGUAGCUUCCGUAGUGUUGGUUUUGUUAUAGUAAGAUUUUAUUUUAUACCCUGAGCGAAGACUUGAAUACAUUAAUUUGACAUUAGAAAACUAAAUAUAAAUUUGAUGAAAUUUGCCUUAA